AUGGCCAAUAUGCCCACGCCAGAGGAUAUAGCGUGGAUGAAAGCACACAUCGACGACAGCUUAGUCCCCGACAUUAUUGCCUGUUGUGCCGUCUGCGCCGCUGCUUCCGUCAUUGUACUGGCUCUGCGCAUCUGGUCACGACUUCAAACGCGCCGCCAGCUCGUCCUCAGCGACUACAUGGUCAUCUGUUCUGUUGUUUUUUUCAUUGCUUUCUGCACCGUUUUCGCCUUGUCAACUCGUUAUGGCGCCGGGAGGCAUGCGAUUUUGACCACUGACCCAGCCGACAUACGCAUGCUGGCAAUUCUUAAUAUCCUGAACCCCAUCCUCUACGGCAUGGCCACCGCUUUCGUCAAAUGGAGCAUACUCGCCCUGUACCUGACCAUCUUCCCGCAGAAGCUCUUCCAGUACUGGGUCCAAUUUCUUGUCCUAAUCAACACCCUCAAUGCGAUCGCUAUUGUCCUCGUCAGUUGCCUCCAAUGCCGUCCUCUCCAGGCGCUCUGGAACCCAGCCGUCGGAGGCACAUGCAUCGACUUCAGUAACUUCAGCCUCUUCAAUACAUCCUUCAACUUCGUUCUGGAUCUCGUCAUCCUCCUCUCGCCUCUUCGCCUCGUCACAAAGCUCAACUUAUCACGACGCAAGAAGAUCCUGCUAUCUCUCAACUUCGCCUUGGGCGGUGGUGCCUGCGUCGUCGCCGCUAUUCGCCUUCCCUACGCUCGACGCGUAGGCGGCACAUCCAACCCAAGCUGGGACAUGAUCCCCGGCGGGCUCCUCUGUGUCGUCGAAGUAACCGUCGCACUUCUCUGCGCCUCCCUACCCAUCUACCGGCCCCUAUUCCAACGCCUCACAUCCAGCGGCCCAGCAACGAACUCCGGCGGAGACUCUAAAGACCGUCCCAACUCCCACGGCGCAGGCUACUACCUUGGCCGCGACAAGCAGGUGAACACACGCAUCACAGCCAGUAGCGGUCGGCAUUCUUCGCAUCGGAGCGGCAUCAACAUCACGGAGAAUAUUAGUAUGAUGACGCACACGUAUGUGAACGGGAAGUGGGCUCCUGUGACCGAGGACGAUGACGAGGCGAGAUUGGUGCCUGGGCCAAAGCAGGGGUCGCCGUCGACGACGGCGAAUAAUAGUGUGACGAAUCUGUAG